AUGUUUAACACCAUCAAAGGAUAUAUAAUUGGUGAUAUAACUAGUUUUUAUAAAGAAAUAUUUCUUAACAUUCCGAAUCUAGAUAAAAAUUUAAAAGAAAAUCAAUUAAUUGAUCUUCCUUAUAGUAAUAAAAUAUUUGAAAAUAUUAAAUCAAAACAUGUUAACGUAAAUAUAUCUUCAAUUAAUUAUUCAUCAAAUAAAAUUCAAACAAAUUCAACAUCGAAUGUUUUAUCAUCAUCGAUUCAAGUAGGUGCAAAUGAUACAGUACGAACGACUCGAAUUCGAACUGAAGACGGUAAAUUUUUAACAAUUAUUUCAACAAUAUCAAAAAUAAAUAAUUCAAAUGAUAAUCAAGAUAAUAUUCUUAUUAACAGAAAUGAAAAAAAUCUUUUUUUUUGGUCAAUUAACAAAUAA